CCAAAAGCAGAACUGGAUAUUUGUGUAGGCGAACAUGGGAGACUUGACAAUAAAAUCGCUGGGGUGCGUUAAACCUCGAGAAAGCAUCUGGCCAGUGCAUGGUUCUUAUUUUGGCAUGUUUAUGUUCUACAUUAAUCUACUUGCAAUCCUUACUUCUUUCCAUCUCAUCAAUUAAUGGAGAUGUAUUUUUUUUUUUCUUAACAGCAAAGGGGAAUUAUAGAGAAAAAAAAAAGCAUGGAGGCAUAGUAAAGGGAAAGAUUGGAUCGGCGUUGAAAUCAACGAUCCUGUGGAUGUGGAACACUAAUUCAGUGGUGAUAAACUCUCAGGAGGAAGUUGAUUCAUGGGAAGUGAAAGCUUUCGCUGAAGACACCGGAAAUGUCAUGGGAAGUACUUGGCCACCGCGGUCAUACACCUGUACAUUUUGUAGAAGAGAAUUCCGGUCAGCUCAAGCUCUAGGUGGUCACAUGAACGUCCACCGCCGGGAUAGGGCUCGGCUCCACCAAGCCCAACCUAAUUUUAAUAGCCCUAAUAUAUCUUCUUCCCGACCUUCUUCCACUCUCUUGAUUCCAUCACAAGAGCUUGUUGGAAAUGGCGGUUUAUGCCUUUUGUACUCUUUACCAAACCCUAAUGCCAUUUUCAACCCUUCUUCUUUAAAUAAUGUUAGUGAUAAUCCGUCCACUCUUCUCUCCAUUUCACCCCAUCCCAAUACCGAUAACUUCAUGAAUUUUCCAACAACCAUGUCUCCUCAUAGCUUCAAUUCUUCCCUCUCUAAUUCCUAUAACACUGAAGCAUCAACGUCAACAAAUCAUAAAAGCAACCAAGAAGUUAGUAUUGGCAACAAGUUACAGAAGAAUGAUUCAGCAAUUGAAGAUAUUGAUCUAGAGCUUCGUCUAGGAUGCAGCUCAUGGGCUUCAUAGAAGAGAUACAUGGUGUGUUUUUCUACCUUAAUUGAGUGUGUGUUGCUAUCCUGUUCUUUUAGAGGCUUCAAUCUUUUUCGUUUUUUUCCUUUGAAAAAGGUCUGAUUUUUUGAUUUGUUGUUUGUGAUUAUCAAAGUAUAUUGUAUAUUAGAAGAAAUAGAGGGAUCAAUUUUAGUUGAAUAAUGAAGCUGGGAUAGUCUCGAGGUAAAUAAGAUGUCCAUGAAUAAGCUUACACGCAAUGUAGUGUCAUUUUCUUGUGCAUAAUCAUUUCAUGGAGAUAUCCAUCCAUCUACGAUCCA